AUGGCUCGAAAUGAUCAAGAUAUUAAAAAAGAAAUUCGAAGAAUUGAAGGACAACUUCUUGUUGCAAAAGAAAUUUGUCGAGAAAAUUUAAAAGAAAUAAAUCAUUUAAAAAAAGAACAAGAAAAUAAUUAUAUUCUUCAAGAAAUAAAUCGUCUUUUAGCAAUUAAAACACUUAAUUCAAAUGAACAUGUUAAUCAAUUUAAUCAAUUACUUUAUUUAGUUUAUCAACAACAAACAAUUACAUUAGAUAAUACAAUACAAUUAAAUGAACAAGAAAAAGAUAAUGAUCAAUAUACUUCAUUACUUGUUGAUCUAUCAUCAAAUGUUACUGAACUUGAAUGUUUAUUUGAUUAUGCUAAAAAUUUAUUUACAGAACCAAUUACAUCUGUCAAUAUGUUUAAUAAUACUGUUUCACUUCAAGAAAUAGCUGAUAAUUCUUUAAAUGAUAAUACUAAAACACAAGAUUCAAUUCAAAUUAAUGAUCUUGAAAAACGUAUUGAUACGAUGCAUAAAAGACUUACAAAUAUUCAUCAAUCUGAUGAUUGUUUAAUACAAUAG